AGACUUGGUUUGGAUGUGAAUGUAUAUAUAUAUCCCCACUCACAACGCCUGCGUCCAUCACUUUCUCCAAAGGUCGGUCCGUUUCAACCUGCAAUUGUAACUAUCUGAUCAUGUCUCACUCAGGUGCUCAAGGCAGCAUUGGCAGCCACUCUGCCAUGGGGCUGCGCAAUUACAAGAUAUACCUCUAUGAAUGCGAGAACUUCCAAGGCCGUAGGAUGGACCUGUUUGGAGAGUGCCGUAACCUGUGUGAGAAGGGUUUUGAUAGAAUUGGCUCCAUCAGAGUAGAGUGUGGACCCUGGGUGGGUUAUGAGCAGCAAAACAUGACUGGCGAGAUGUUCAUGCUGGAGAAGGGAGAGUACCCCCGCUGGGACACCUGGUCCAACAGCUACAGGUGUGACCGCUUUAUGUCGGUCAGGCCCGUCCGAAUGGAUCCCCAGGACCACAAGAUUUGCCUGUAUGAAUGUACAAACUUCGAGGGACGUAAGAUGGAGGUGUGUGAUGAGGAUAUUCCAAGCCUGUGGUCUUACGGUUUCCAGGACCGUGUUGCCAGCAUUCAGGUCACUGGCGGAACCUGGGUGGGCUACCAGUACCCAGGCUACCGUGGCUACCAGUAUGUGUUUGAAAUGGGCCCUUACAAGCACUGGAACGAGUGGGGAGCCCACCACCCCCAGAUCCAGUCCAUCCGCAGGGUGAGAGACAUGCAGACGCACCGCAGGGGCUGCUUCGAGAUGACCGCAUAG